AUGGCGACGACUCCCCCACCGCGUCUGCAGACUCCCCCGCCAGACUCGCUGUCAAACCUGCGAGUCCCCUCUGCACCACUCCACGGGGCUAAAUACGACCAAUAUGAGCCAUAUCCGCCUCGGUUUUCGACUAGAAUAGCAAGCCAGCGUGCAGCCAGAUCAAUGGAAAGAACGCCCGAACCAGUUUGCCCAAGCUCACCGAGCAAGAUGCGAUCUCGAGGGUCACCGAGGAAGUAUCCAAGAGUUGAUGGGGAGACAGAUCAGAGCUGGAAGUCAAUUAGGAAAGAAGCCUUUGGACAGCAGUCUGACUCCUCGCUAUCGACAAGCGAGCCUAUUUCUGAAAUUUCCGGAUACCCUCAACGUCUUUCUUCUUCCGUCUCUCAUCGUCACCCUUCUUCACUCUCUCACCCUCGCCCCGCAGCGACUCAGGCCCUGCCGACUCCUGCUAAAACCCCGUCUAAGCGAACGAUCCAAGGCGAUUUAUCAUCUACAUCUCGCACUCUCUUCCCAUCAACCGGCAAGAUGUCAUCCAAGAAGCCAUCUCCUUUCUCACUGGAGAGCUUUGAGACCUCUUCCUCUAACGAGAUUCAAAUCUUCACCGACUCCCGUGAUCGUAUCCCCACUUCUGGUCCUACCUCGGGCAACCCAUUUUCUUCACAGGCGGACUCUCCUGUUAAGAAGGGUAAGAAGGCUGCUGCUCGUAUGCAGGGAGCUGGUGAGGGUGCUAGCUCGCAGCGUACCUCGGUCACUACUCCCAGACGCCACCACCAGAGUUCAUCUAGCGAGGAAGACCACUCGCCCAACUCGGAUGAAGGAAUUACCAUGAUCUUCCGUGGUAAGAAGGUCUUCACCAAGUUUGCUGAUCUUGAUGAGCAGGACGAUGAUGAGGAUGACCUGGGUCUGUUUGCUUCCCGGCCGGACCUUCUCGCAGCCAACCCAGACAUUCUGCAUCGGGUCAAGCCUCUCACUCGCAGCUCCAUCAAGCCCCGUGUUCUCUUCCCUGCUGCGAUCAAGAGUAGUCCCCCCCUCGAGGAAGAGGAUGCCACCGACGAAGAGGAUGCCGAGGUGGCUGAAGCCCAGAUUCCCGAGGCCCAGAUCCCUCAUAUCACCACCAAGACACCCGCUGUUACCCCCAAGUCCCCACAAGCGCCCCAAGCUCCUGGUUCGACUCGUCUUCUGCGAUCAAACGCUCGUCUCACAGCACAGGAUGAGGAGACCCCGACUGGUACGAACGCCGCAGCCAAGCGGAAGCGUAUCAGCCCAUUCGAUCAGUGGCUGCGUAAGAAGCAGGCUAUUGAGGAAUCAUCCUCCCCUGCCCCAUCUACAAAGCGCGAGGCCGACCUUUCGGGCGAAUCCCCGUUGACCCCACCCUCUGCCAAGAAGACCCGCACCACUCGGGCAGGUGCUUCUACUGCGUCGUCGACUUAG